AAACUUGCCAAAGGUAACACAAUCGAGUUGGUAGGGAGUGUGAUCUUUCUGGUUUGAGAUGUGUACCCCUGAUGUUUCCGAAGGCACCACGAAUGCAAUAUUGAGUGGUAGGCCUUGAAAAUGUUGCUGAUACAGAUACUCUCCAGAUUUAGUAGACCCCGCUAGCCGCUGUCACAAGGUGACUCAUGUGAUUGAGUUUGCUCGGGAAACUCAAGAUUUUCAACCAAGUUGCCAACUAUUGCCUUGCCAUAAAUAACACUAGCACAAUCUCAUAAGCCGCCGCCACCACCACCCGUUAUUCCCCUUCUCUUUCACCUCACCCUCUCUCUUCUCUUCCAUGUCUGCCUUACAGCACCACAACCUCCUCCUUCCAAGGCAUUCCUCUCCCCGCCAUUUCCAUCCGCCUCAUAGCUCCCACCGCCAGCCACUCAUCACAAUCCGAUCUGCCGCGGCCACCACCACACCGUUCAAGAACAACCAGAACCAGAACCAGAACCAGAAGGAGUUAGUAGCAGUCCUCCAGCCACAACACCGCACCCCACACAUAUACCUCACCACGACCGACCCCGGCCUGACCUCUACAUGGACCCACCGCGCGUGGCUCGCAACCGGCUGCGCCGCCGUCCUCUUCUCCCUCCUCAAAGCCGCCAUCCUCUCAGCCCGUACCCGCACCAGCUGGCUCCAGCCCUUGCUCGCCUGUUACACGGGCUACGUCCUCGCCGACCUCGGCUCGGGACUCUACCACUGGGCCAUCGACAACUACGGCGACAAAACGACCCCCGUUUUGGGGGCCCAGCUCGAGGCCGCCCAGGGCCACCACAGGUGGCCCUGGACAAUCACCCGGCGCCAGUGCGCCAACAAUGUGCACGCCCUGGCUCGCGCCGUGGCCUUGUCGGUGCUACCGUUGUCGGUGAUGUGUAAUAACCCCGCCGUUCUGGGGUUUCUCGGGACGUUCGCCGGGUGCGUCAUGUUCUGCCAGCAGUGCCACGCUUGGGCUCAUGGUACGAGGAGCAGGCUGCCGCCAGUGGUGGCGGCGCUGCAGGAUGCCGGAGUUUUGCUGUCGAGGGUGCGGCACCAAGGGCACCACCGGCCGCCUUAUAAUAGUAAUUAUUGUAUAGUGAGUGGGAUGUGGAAUGGAGUUCUGGAUGAGAACAAGGUGUUUGAGGUGUUGGAGAAGGUGGUUUAUGUUAAGCUUGGAGUCAAACCUAAGUCAUGGAGUGGGCUGGAUUACUCUGACACGAUAGAAGAAGAAGAAGAUCGAGGAAGCUCAGAUCGAUGAUCACACAAUGAAGUCAUCAGAAUUGC